AUGUCCUCAGCACCAACUACUCCUCCAUCAGUGGAUAAAGUAGACGGAUUUUCUCGGAAGUCCGUCAGAAAAGCCAGACAGAAGAGGUCGCAAAGUUCCUCACAGUUUAGGUCUCAAGGCAAGCCUAUUGAGUUAACACCUCUGCCACUGCUGAAAGACGUUCCAUCCUCAGAGCAGCCUGAACUGUUCCUAAAGAAACUUCAGCAGUGCUGUGUCAUUUUUGACUUCAUGGACACGCUAUCUGAUCUUAAAAUGAAAGAAUACAAGCGCUCCACUCUUAAUGAACUGGUGGACUACAUUACAAUAAGCAGAGGCUGUUUGACAGAGCAGACUUACCCCGAAGUAGUUAGAAUGGUAUCUUGCAAUAUAUUCAGAACUCUCCCUCCUAGUGACAGCAAUGAAUUUGAUCCAGAAGAAGAUGAACCCACGCUUGAGGCAUCAUGGCCACACUUACAGCUUGUAUAUGAAUUUUUCAUACGAUUUUUGGAAAGCCAAGAAUUCCAACCCAGCAUUGCCAAAAAAUACAUAGAUCAGAAAUUUGUAUUACAGCUUUUGGAGCUAUUUGACAGUGAAGACCCCCGGGAACGGGACUACUUAAAAACAGUCUUACACAGAAUUUAUGGCAAGUUUCUUGGUCUUAGAGCAUUUAUCCGAAAACAGAUUAACAAUAUUUUUCUAAGGUUUGUUUAUGAAACAGAACACUUCAAUGGCGUAGCUGAACUGCUGGAAAUAUUAGGAAGCAUUAUCAAUGGCUUUGCUUUACCUCUUAAGGCAGAACACAAACAGUUUCUGGUGAAAGUGUUGAUCCCUUUACACACCGUCAGGAGCUUAUCACUCUUCCAUGCCCAGCUGGCAUAUUGCAUAGUACAAUUUCUGGAGAAAGAUCCUUCACUCACAGAACCAGUUAUUAGGGGGUUAAUGAAAUUUUGGCCCAAAACAUGUAGUCAGAAAGAGGUUAUGUUUCUUGGGGAGCUGGAAGAAAUAUUGGAUGUGAUUGAACCUUCACAAUUUGUUAAAAUUCAAGAACCUUUGUUUAAACAAAUUGCCAAGUGUGUAUCUAGCCCCCAUUUUCAGGUGGCAGAAAGAGCGCUUUAUUAUUGGAAUAAUGAAUACAUCAUGAGUUUGAUAGAAGAAAACUCUAAUGUCAUCCUUCCCAUCAUGUUUUCCAGUCUGUAUAGGAUUUCAAAAGAACAUUGGAAUCCGGCUAUCGUGGCAUUAGUCUACAACGUAUUGAAGGCGUUUAUGGAAAUGAACAGCACCAUGUUUGACGAGCUGACAGCCACAUACAAGUCAGAUCGCCAGCGUGAGAAAAAGAAAGAAAAGGAGCGUGAGGAAUUAUGGAAAAAACUGGAGGAUCUGGAGUUGAAGAGAGGUCUUAGACGUGAUGGGAUAAUUCCAACUUAA